UCACUUCUCUUUUUUCCAUUUGAGCGGUUGUUGUUGCGCACGCAAGUUGAUUUGGUAGCAUAGAGUGGAGCGUUUCGCGGAGGAACAAACGUAUGUAGAGGCUCCUGUAUCGUCCUUCACAAUAUUUCGCAAGAUUAACGACUGAGAAGCAGUGCGUGCGCCAUCAUCACCACCGUUCCAUUCAAUUCGUAUCCACUUGUGGUUCUAGAACUGUCGAAGAAGACGACGACAACGACGUUCGCUCCAGAGAAGAAUAGCAGCAGCAGCAGCAGCGAGAGUCUUUCGACGCAACCAGUUAGAAUUCGAAGAGCGUCAUGGGGUGCGGUAUAGCCAUCAUCAAGUAUCUGGUGUUCAUUUUUAACCUGGUCUUUGCGAUCAUCGGUUUGGCCCUUCUCUCUGUCGGUGUGAUCUUCCAGAGCGACGUGAAGCAUCUGGACAGCCACGAUGCGGCCGGUUAUACGGCUCUGUUCUUCAUCAUCGUCGGAUCGGUCAUCUUCAUCAUCUCGUUCUUCGGAUGCUGCGGAGCGAUCAAGGAGAAUAGCUGCAUGCUGACGACUUACGCUUCUUUGCUGCUCACCUUGCUCAUAUCCCAAGUGGCCAUCGGCGUCCUCUACUACGUCUACUUGAACGACAAGAUCGACGUGAAGCAGGACAACCUGAACGACGUGCAGAGGCUCUUCGACAACUACAAUCGAACGACGGACGGCACCGCCUACGUCGAUGACAUGCAGCAAAAGUUGAAGUGCUGCGGCGUCGAUGGACCGAGCGAUUGGAAGCAUAAGAUUCCGAGCAGCUGCUGCAUAGACAACGUCAGCCCUUGCAGAAUCAACGAUCCGGCCCUCUAUCCGAUGGGCUGCGCCGAGAAACGUUACACCAAGUACAACAUGCUCGUCAAUUCCGUCCUCUACACGGUGAUUGCGAUCUGCACGGUCGAAUUCCUCGGUAUGUUCUUCGCUUUCUGCUUGAGGAAUUCCAUGCACAAUCAAUACAGAAGAGGAGUUUACGCAUAAGGAAUAACAACAAUCGUCACACAAAUAUUUAAGUACGAAGACGUAAAGUUUACUGUUAUUUAUUAAUAUUCGGUGUAACUUAAUUUAGGAUUAUCUCGUUUCUGUUUUAAUUAUUAAUUUUUAUAUGCAUAUAUUUUAAUAACUCGUAUAUAUAUAU